AUGUUCCUGGAUCAGCAACGAGAACAACCUCGGCGCCGCUUCCAGCUGGUUAUCGCCCGCCGGCAGGAUGACCGACUGAUUGGCAAUUGCGGGAUACGCCGUAAACCGGACAAUGAUUGGGAAGCUGACAUCGGCUAUGAAUUGGCUCACGAUUGCUGGGGGCUGGGGUAUGCUACCGAGGCGGCGGGGGCGAUGGUCGACUUUGGGUUCCUGGAAUUGGGUCUGCACCGCAUUUCCUCGUGGUGCAUUGCCGAAAACACUGCAUCUGCCCGCGUGCUGGAACGGCUGGGUUUCCGACUGGAGGGACGCCUGCGUCAAAACCAAUACUUCAAGGACCAAUGGUUGUUCACUUCGAGUUGCCUUUUUGAUGAUGCCGCACGCGCCAACAAAUUCUACGCCGACGUAUUCGGCUGGGAAUCCAGCAAAUUUGAAAGCGGGCCUGAGGAUUAUUACCUGCAGCAGACCGGUGGCGACGACGAACCAUACGGGAUCGGCGGGGCGUUGAUCGAACGGGCCGCGGCCGUGAACCGGGGCGGCACACUCGUCAUUCUGGGUGUGGACAACCUGGACGCUUUACAUCGGCAAAGUAACCGCCGCCGGGGCUGA